AUGAGUGCAGAGGAAGAGGAGGAGGAUGAGGAAGAUAUUUGUGUAGAAGAAGAUGAUAUUAUUUAUCCCAACAUCAAAUCAAGGAAGUACCAAAAGUUUGAUCCAAUGGUGAAAAAGAUGUCAGAGAACCCUAAAACGUUGACACACCUCGCCUCGUCCUUGACCAAACACAAUGUUACUAUCAAGGUUAAGGGAAAGGCCAGACCUUUGUGCUUUGAGCGAAGUAGUUAUGGGAUCUUGAUCAAUGGGAUGCGUAAAAUGGGAGAAACGCGAGCUGCCGUGCAAUUGCUGAGAAAGGUUGAAGGGGCAUUGCUUAAGCCUGAUGUGCUUAUUGAUGAGAUGCAAGAUAGAGGUCAACCUGCUUUACGCAAAAACGAGAGUUUAGACAAAACUAUUGGACUAUUCAAGAAAAUUAAAGACGGAAUUCAACCGACUAAAAGCAUAUAG